CUCAUAAUUGAUCGGCGCAUUUCCAUCUCCUGCAGCUAAUUGCUUGAGAGAGAGACAGAGAAGAAGAAGAAGCAAACAUGGCGGCUAAUGGAACCAGAACAUUGACGACCAAAGAAGCCGACAUCCAGAUGAUGUUGGCAGCUGAAGUCCAUCUCGGAACCAAAAACUGCGAUUUCCAGAUGGAACGAUACGUGUUCAAGCGCCGCAACGACGGUAUCUAUAUUAUCAACCUUGGGAAGACAUGGGAGAAGCUUCAGAUGGCUGCUAGGGUUAUUGUUGCCAUUGAGAACCCACAGGACAUCAUUGUUCAAUCUGCCAGGCCUUAUGGACAAAGGGCAGUUUUGAAGUUUGCACAGUACACAGGUGCUCAUGCAAUUGCUGGACGUCAUACUCCUGGUACAUUUACCAAUCAACUUCAGACUUCAUUCAGUGAGCCCCGUCUUCUUAUCCUGACUGAUCCCAGAACUGACCAUCAGCCUAUUAAGGAGGCCGCCCUUGGAAACAUUCCCACCAUUGCCUUCUGUGACACUGAUUCCCCAAUGCGUUAUGUUGAUAUUGGUAUCCCUGCUAACAACAAAGGGAAACACAGCAUUGGAUGUCUUUUCUGGAUAUUGGCAAGGAUGGUUUUGCAGAUGAGGAACUCUAUUCCUCAAGGACACAAAUGGGAUGUCAUGGUUGACUUGUUCUUCUAUAGGGAACCUGAAGAAGCUAAGGAGAAGGAUGAGGAUGAAGCAAUUGCUGGUGCAGACUAUGUAGAUUAUGGUGCUGGUGCUAUUGGUCUUGGAACCGAUCAGUGGACAAACUCAAUUGCUGAUGCACAAUGGGCUCCUGAUGCUGCUGUGCCUCCAAUUGCUGCAGCUCCUGCUGCUGCUGGUUGGACCGGCGAAUCUGGUGGUGAUGGAUGGGAUUCUGCUGCUCCACCAACUCAAGUUCCAGUAGCUGUUGAGCCAACUGGUUGGGAUUAAAGAGACGAGUCUUGAGCCAACUUAAAAUCUUUUUUGAAAUUGUACUUUUUUCUUUUAGUUUGAAUUGUUUUAAGAGGAUUUUCUUAAUUUGGUUGGGCAUGAAACCAUUUAUUUAUGGAUAAUAGAGGUUUUUUUAUAUUACUGUUUCUAAUAUUUGUUAUUUUUCCUG